AUGGUUAACAUCAAACUGUUGGACACUGGAGUUGUUCUUAACACAAUGUUAACUCGAUUGUACAAGUUACCUAAGGAGUUCCGCUGCAAUGUAAGACCUAGAGCAGUGAUUAACGCAUAUUUGGCAAACUCUAUUCCCCCCUUCCAAGACGAAAGCUUUUCAUCUAGAUCGAUAUAUAAAUUAAUGGAACUAAUGGAACCCAAAGAUUAUAAAAAUCUGGUUUUCGCCGGUGAAGUCCAUUUGCAGUUAGACCAAACAUUGUGGUUGAAAGACGUCUAUGAGGAAGUUGUUCUUAAUGACACUAUUAUUCCGGGAUUCCAACUAUCACGAGAAGUGAUACAGCGAAAACUGGUGGAGUACUAUCCAGAUCAAUUGGUCAACCUGUACAAGCUUUGUAUAGAUGCUAGUAUAGUUCUUCCAAAAUACAUGAAGGAAAGAGUUGCUGUGUCUAUUAAGAAGCAAGAGGUCAAGAAGCAGUGGGCGUACCUGGACAGGGAUAAAGUCAACGAGGUCACAUUCACAUCGGCUUUUUCUCCUAACGAGAUCUUUGUUCGACUGAAUAAAUAUAGCGAUUUGUUAUAUCGUUUGCAAAACGAAAUCCAACAAAGUUUAAAAAAACCGAACUACCCUAAACUCAAAGAAGUCAAUGUCGGAGGAGUUUAUCUAGCCAAAGAUCCUGAAGGAAUUGAAUACGGUCGCGUGAUUGUCCUCAGGAAGGAAGAGGACAAAGCAUUAUGCUUUUACGUAGAUUUCGGCGACGAGUCUGUUAUUCCUAUGGAAGAAUUGAAGUAUAUCCAAGACGUCUUCGUCACCAAACUUCCAUUCCAGUGCAUCCAGUGUCGUUUGUAUGGAAUAAACCUCUUAGGAGACACUUGGGACGAAGAAGUUACCAAUAUUUUCUACAACUACGCCUUCGAACCAGGCACUGAUAUCUUCAGGUCUCUCUAUGUACAAGUUUACGAAAAGGAAAACUGCGAUUCGCUUACUCCAGUGAAAUAUGCCGUCGUUUUCAAAGACGGAUUUGGAGAUAAAAAUGUCCUAGUUAAUAAAUUACUGAUUGAGUGUGGUAUGGCACUUGAAAACCCUAAGGAAAAAUUCAGUGAUUUUGAAAUUCCUGUAGUUGAAGUUGAAUCGCUCGAGUCCGAUGAAGAACUGGAUACAAUGGCGUACAUCUGUAAUAAGACCGAUGAGCUGCAACAACAUUUGCAUGAGGGCGGACCUGAAACAAGCGGAAGAGUAGGACAGGAGUUUGCUUAUGACUCAGAUGAAAUGGAAUUGGUUGUGUAUGGUGAUUUAGACGACUUUUUAAAACAGCUUAUAUUGGGACCACAACCUGCUUUAAGCGGAAACAACGAACUACCUGCCAUUACUGCGGUCCCGGCUGUGGAUUAUUUUACACCGGAAGUGUAUUGGUCCCAAACAGAAACAACAGUGGCGUUGAGCAUCAAACUUAUAGACUGUCAAGAUUAUAAUAUAUCGCUGAAAAUGAGAAAUAUGUUCAAUUUUAGUGCAACCCAAGGCGAAAAAACUUACUCCCUCAAACUAAUGUUCUUCGAUUAUGUUCACAAAAUGGAGCAUAUGUCCACAGGUCCAGAAGUGAGAGUGACUUUGACGAAAUUUAACAACGUCGAUUGGCCCAGGUUGACUAUGUCGAAGCAGAAGGCUAGGAAUAUACACUAUGACAUCAAUAAGGUAUCUAUAGAUGACGACGACGAUAAACCUAAAAAAAUUCUGGAAUUUCCCAAAGAAUUCGACGAAAUGUUGGAUGAUUUGAACGAAAAUGACCCUAUGUAUAUGGAAUACUCUGAUUUGGAUAGUGAUAUGGAUCUUGAAAUUGAAAAUGAAUCUGAUUGAAGCUAUUUCGAAUAUAUAUGUAUAUAAUUACUAUUUUAAUGGGAAUAAGCCACAAUUGAAGUUUAAAAUAAGUUUAUUGACGUUUCAAUAAUUUUGUAUUAAUGUUUGUAUUUUGUUAGCGAUUUACCAUUUAUAAAUAAACUUAUUUUAAACUUCAAUUGUUGCCUAUUCCCAUUAAAAUAGUAAUUACUUUAAGAUGCCACAAUAAAAUAGGUUCAGAUCUGUAUAUAAUAUUUAGGUCAGAUUUACUUUUUGUAAGUUUUGUUAGGUUAGAUUCGCCCUUUUAAUUUUGGCACACCCAAAGUGUGUCAAAAGUCCAACUUCUUAUUAUAUUAAGAACGAUUGAUUUAUAUUACUGUAUUAACUUUCAUUCAGAUAUUAGAUAGU